AGUGAUGUCAUCCACUGUCAACAAUUUCACGUACACCGUUCAUCAGCGUAAAUAAAAUUCGCUUUUUCGUGUGGCUGUAACUAAAAAGCAGCGAGUAAUAAAGAAUGGCGGAUCCGAAAUUCCAAUAUUUGCCUUAUAUCGCACACGACCAACCGGACGUCUACGAAACUCCGGAUGUGAACGAGGCGGAAACAUCGGACUACGAUGAGGACGAGCCGGUGAACGAUGCGAUCGAGCGGCUGCACAUCUCCACCAAGGACUCGAUCGGCAAGUUCCGCGGCAAAUAUCUGACCGGUGAGGUAGAUUUUUCCGACGGGAUCGGGCGGAAGAAUCGGCUCGGCUAUGACGCCCGCAGCCUGGACUACGAGCUGGCGGGUGAGGGUGAGCGGGAAACGCCGCUGCAGCGCUGCCACCGGCUGAAGUGCGAAAUGAACGAGCUGAUGGAGGAGAUCGAAGCGUCCCGGGCGGACACGGGCCGCACGGCGGAAGAGAAAGCUUCCCACGAGACGGUGUUCGGGGUGGUCAGCACGGCCAAGAAGGUGCUGGAAAGCCUGAAGCUGGAGCAGGUGAUCGGUACCGAGGUGGUGGCCGGAGGUGCUGGUGGGGGCGAUGCGGAAGCGAAGAAACUGAUUGCGCAGAUCGAAGAGUACAGGAAGACGGGCGCGGUGUCGAGCAGCGAUCCGAAGGUGGUCGCGAACGAGCUGGUGCAGAGUGCGCGCGUGGCACAGCUGGAACAUCGGCUGCACCAGCUGGAGGUGGCGGUGGGUGCGAAACCGGAACGCAUCAGCCGGCUGGCGGGCACGACCGGGACGGGCAAUUUGAUCGAGGCAGUGCAAAACAUAUCGGCCAAAGCGGCACUGCUGCAACCGUCCCAGCUGGACACGAUCGAGCAGCGGUUGAACAAUCUGCUGCAGCAGAUGAACAGCAUACAGGAGAAGUCGAACGCCACGGGGCAAGAUCCGAACCGGGAGCAGAAGAUCUUGGAGCUUUAUGAAAUCGCGAAAAGCACCGAACCGAUCGUACAGGUCCUGCCCGACAUAUUGAACCGUAUGCUGACGCUGGAAUCGUUGCACAAAUAUGCCACCAACUUUAGCAAGCUGUUCGCGGAGCUGGAAACCACACAAGCCUCCAUCCUCAAUGGGGUGGCCGCCAACAAGACGCUGCUCACCGGCGUGCAGGAAGCAUUCGCGCAGAACCUGGAAAACGUCAACAAGGAGGUGAAGAAGCUCGAGGAACGCAUGACCAAACUGCAGCAGAUGAUCAAGUAGGCUGUAGGCGUGCCUCCGGUGUAGAAGAUAGUCCAUUCUCUCGUAAGCUGUGUCUGCUGUGUGGUAAGAAUGCUUCGUCACAAUUAUUCCACCCCUCUUACUGCAAUGAUACUUUGUUUUCGUCCGUGUGAAAAAAAAAACAACUAAAAACGUGAAUAUUUAUUUAAUCGCAAUCUAUUAAUUUUAAUUAUUCAUUGGUCGCAAAUGUUAAAUGAAGCUGCUUUGUGCAGGUCGCUGAACGGCG